AUGGCGUCAAUUUAUCACACAAAUCAACUCAACCAACUCAUUUCUGCUCCUCCUGCAUAUACAUCUUACUCACCAGACCCGAUUGUAAGCCAGAAUGCCAUGAAUUUAUCAAGUUGUUUGGGCAUGGACCCAUCAACAUUCAAUACUUGCUCUUUCACCGAUGCUGCAACUGGAUUUGGUGGGCUGCAUUAUAAUGAUGGAGCAGGUGUUGGUUUUGGGAUCUUUGCUGAUACUGGAAUAGCUGCGAGACAACUAGAGGCUAUGGAACCCUGCAGCUUAGGAAUAUACUCUACUGCACCCAUGCAGUCAGCCUAUGAUCUAAGAGACUUACAGGUAUUAAGUGAUUCCAAUGAGCUAAUGGCCGCAUGUAACACUAGCACGGGUCCAUUACCAAUGACAUCUAUUGAUCUGUCAUCAUAUGAGGAAACAAGCUUUAAGGUUCCCCAGUUAACAUUAGAGGAGAAGAAGAAGAAGAUAAGUAGGUACAUGGAGAAGAAAAUUGCAAGAAAUUAUAGUAAAAAGAUCAAGUAUGCAUGUAGGAAGACUCUAGCUGAUAGCAGGCAUCGAGUUCGAGGAAGGUUUGCAAAGAAUGAUGAGGUUCCUCAAGCAGCAUUGAGGCCGCCUAAAUCUGUUGAUCAUUAA